GUAACGCUAAAGUUGUUAGCAGAAACAAGAAUAACGUCGAAACGUUGGGUGUUUGUCCGUGGAAAUUCAUGGUUUCUUGUAACAAUGAAGCGAACAUAACUUACCCUUGAUCAAUGAACCCUGCCACUGUAAUAUUGCCAAAUACAUGCACGAACCGCAGUGCGCGGUGAGCGGUGCGCGUGUGUGCGUGCUAAUGUGCUGAGCAAACAGCGAGCACGGCGGGCACGGCGCGCGGCGAGUCAUCGACUCAGUGUGCACGCGCGCGCCGAGUACUGACCCCGGCGCCGCGCCUCUAUCAGCGCGCUAUCAGUGCGCGAUUAGAUACCGCCGCGCGCGCACCUGUGCCGCCGGCGCCCAGCACCGCCGCGCCAUGAGGAGCAAGGACCGCCUGGCCGAGCUGCUGCACGCGGCGGGCGGCGCGGCCGGCGUCUACCGCGCCACGGUGGAGCCGCACGAGCCCGCGCUGCACGACGCGCGCGUGCACGACAUCUUCCUGGAGGUGGAGCGCAUGCGCGGCUGGAUCCACGAGCUGGACAGCCACACGCAGCUGAUGCAGCGCCUGCACGCCGACCCCACCUUCCACACCAACAAGCACUUGCAGGAGCAGCUGGACGCGGCGGUGACGGCGGCCACCGCGGCGGGGCUCAAGCUGAGCGGCGCGCUGCGCCAGUUCGAGACGCGGCUGAGCGCGCGCAACGACGUGGCGGCGCGCAUCGCGCGGCUGCAGUACGCGUGCACGCGCCGCCUGUACGCCGCCGCACUCGCGCGCCACCACGCCGCGCUCGCCGCCGUGCGCGACCAGCAGCGCCGCCUGCUGCUGCACCAGCUCGACCUCACGUCGCUGGCCGUGUCGGAGGAGGAGUGCGAGGCGCUGCUGGAGUCGCGCGACCUGGCGCUGUUCGUGCACAACGUGCGCGCGGAGACGGCGGAGGCGCGGCGCGCGCUGCGCGACGUGGAGGCGCGCCACGAGGAGCUGGCGCGCCUGGAGGCCGCGCUCGCCGACGUGCGCGACCUCUUCGCGCAGCUCGCGCACCUCGUCGCCGAACAGCAAGACCAGGUGGACAGCGUGGAGUACUACGCGCUGCAGGCCUCCGAGCACGUCGGCAGCGGCGGCACGCAGCUGCUCAAGGGCACCGUCAGCCGCACGCGCGCGCGCAAGAAGAAGCUGAGCCUGCUGGUGUGCGUGGCGGCGGGCUUCGCCGUCGUGCUGCUCGUGCUCGUGCUCACGUGACGCGCCCGCUCCUCGCCUCCCACGCACUAUUCACUUAUUCACUGAUUCACUGAUUCACUGACUCACUCAUCAAAAACCUAGACCACUUCCAAUGGUCGUAUUGACUUGAAAUUUGGCAUGGAGCAAGACCAGGUGGACAGCGUGGAGUACUACGCGCUGCAGGCCUCCGAGCACGUCGGCAGCGGCGGCACGCAGCUGCUCAAGGGCACCGUCAGCCGCACGCGCGCGCGCAAGAAGAAGCUGAGCCUGCUGGUGUGCGUGGCGGCGGGCUUCGCCGUCGUGCUGCUCGUGCUCGUGCUCACGUGACGCGCCCGCUCCUCGCCUCCCACGCACUAGUCACUGCAUACCUACAUACUAAUUACUUUAUGUUCUAUACAUUUUAUUAUUUAUGUUACCUAUCUUAUAAUAAAUUAUUCAUAAGUAGUAAAAUUCA